AUGCUGCGAGACAUUUCGAAUAAACACAUCUCAUUACCAAAUAGUACUCUCUUUGGAUUUCACCACCUUCGUUACCUUAAUCUCUCACACAACAACUUCACUUCCUCUUCGUUACCUUCAGAGUUCAGCAAUCUCAACAUAUUGGAGUUCCCAACUCCUCCUCUUCUUCUUCUUCUUCCUCUGGCGUUUCCCGAGCUGCGGAUACUUGAACUAUCGGAUAACAGAUUCACCGGAAGCUUGCCACCGAGUUUCGUGGUCAACUGGAAAGCAUCAUCACUCGAGAUAAAUGAAGAUGGGCGAAUGUAUAUGGGAGACUACAAGAAUGCUUAUUACAUCUAUGAAGAUACUUUGGAUUUGCAAUACAAAGGUCUAUUCAUGGAGCUAGGAAAGGUUCUUACUUCUUACAGUACCAUUGAUUUCUCAAGAAACAAACUUGAAGGACAGUUUCCUGAAUCCAUUGGUCUCUUGAAGGCAUUGAUUGCAUUCUUAUCGAACAACGCUUUCACAGGACAUAUUCCUCUGUCUUUAGCGAAUGUUACGGAGCUGGAGUCACUAGACCUUUCAAGAAACAAAGUAUCAAGGGAGAUUCCUAGAGAAAUCGGGAGCCUCUCGUUUUUGGCGUAUGUAAGUGUGGCUCAUAACCAACUCAAAGGUGAAAUACCACAAGGACCACAGUUUAGUGGACAAGCUGCAUCUUCAUUUGAAGGGAAUACAGGUCUUUGUGGUCUUCCUCUCCAAGGAAGUUGCUUUGGUGGCGCAAAGAAACAGCCUGAGGAGGAAGAAGAAGAAGAAGAAGAGGAACGAGUGUUAAACUGGAAAAGCAGUGUUGAAUCUCUCUUUUGGCUGAUGAUGGCCUUUAGUUUCUUGACCCACGGCUUCGUUUUUCAGCCUCCUGUUAAGACAAACUGGAUCAAGUGA